AUGAUUUAUGUGGACCUGGUGGUAGUCAAGGGGGCCAUUGAUCGCAAUGUGACAGUUUCUGCUGAUGGCAAAUCACAGGAUGGUGACACAGCCUUUGAAGGGGAAGAUUAUGAGGUGAUUGAGAGGGGAUUGACCAUCCAUCCCACAACAACCAGAAUAACAUCAUCUGAUGACCCCAUUUCCAUUGUCAAUGAUAUCAGGAUCACAAUCACUGAUACUGAUGACUGCUUACCAGUUGUCAGGAUGACUGUUGAACCAACUGUUGUAUCUGAGGCAGGAGAGAUUGUGGAGGUGACUGUUAGUCUAGCAGGUGGAGGAGGAAAUCUACCAGGGGAGGUCCAACUUGGAAUAUCCACAGUUCCCAUACAACCUAAAGAUAUUGAUUCCGUGGGUGUCGAGAUACUGACGCAAUCGGAGGUGACGCUGACAUUCGAAGAGGGCAGUAGCUCGCGACAGCUCCAGAUCGGUGUCAGAGACAACAGUAAUCUCAACAUUUCCUCCGACUAUGUUGAAGUGCGCAUAACUGAUGAUGAACCACAACCAGAAGUGAUAGGGUUUGAGGAGACGGAGUAUGAAGUGAUGGAGAGACGUGAGUCGUAUCAGUUCACACUGGCAGUGGUGCAGGGAUCUCUGGCUCAGAACCUAACUCUCACCGUCAUAUCCACUCCCAUCACUGCUGCUGCUAAUGAUUACAGGGUCCUGGAGCCCUGGGUACCACUGGAGGAGAAUGGAACCGGGACCGUGCGGGUGGAGAUCAGUACUGAACCGGGACAGGAGGACGGGCCACAGGAGACAUUCAGACUGACUAUCAUUGAAGAGAGUGGAGUCACUCCCAAGAAUGUAUUCUUCAGAGGAGCCCUGAUCUACCAUGAAGAAAUGCCACCAUAGCCUCUGUGGAUUUUCUAUGUAGCUAACUGUUAGAGAAAGCAUUCUCGUCUCUGUUUGUCUGAUUCCCCGUUUCCACUUCACGUCGUAACUUUGAGCAACAAAAGUAUGACUGUUGUACCAUAAAGUAAUCUACACAUAGCAGCAUAGUUACAUACUAGUUAUCAAGAGCAGUAAAAAUCAACUGACGCAAAUUGUCAAUUUGUCCAUACAUAAUUAUUGUUUAUCCACUUGACUAUUGAGGUUCAGAGCCAUGGAUGGUAACCACAGCAACAUGAGUUGUCAGGAAGAUUGAGGACUGCCUCAAAUCGCUCGUCAGGCUCGAAAAAGUCAUCAAAGAAUAUCUGGAUUGCUAUAUUAUACCUCCACUCGUCUCUGACUUUGAGUAAAUUCUAUAUAUGGGAGUUGAUACUGGUUCAUAAUCUUCCCCAGCUGUAUAAUAGAUGAGAACAGGCGGCAGCUGAAAUUAUGGUGAAAGGUAAAAAAAAUCCACAAAGGAACAAAAUGGAAAGGUUU